AUGUCACCAAAUCAUUCUGGUCCCCCGGACGCCAAAAGCUGCUGGGCUGAUGAUCUUGGCGAUCCCGCAUGGCCGUCGGCGGAUGGCACGAGAUUACAUCUAGGCCAUUUGCGCACACGGCACCACCUCUCACAAUCUUCUUCCGUCAAUCAUAAUCUCGUCUUCAACUCAAGCUCCGGCGCCGCGAGGACUUCAGAAGGCUUGGAGGCUUCACAAGGUCACGACGGCGCCGCGACAACGUCAUCGCGUCGCGAUCUGCUCGUCAUCGCGGCAAGGUGCGCAGGUUUCGUGGAGGGGAGGCCGCGGGUGUUAUCACCUUUUCCCUUCCGUCUCUCUCUCUGUCUUGUCUCCUCAGAUCAAUGGAGGAGGAGCACAACGGACGGGAGGUCGUGGCUGGAGGAACGAAACCAAGGGUUUCGUGGAGGGGAGGCCGCGGGUGUUAUCACUUUUUCCCUUCUGUCUCUCUCUCUGUCUUGUCUCCUCGGAUCAAUGGAGGAGGAGCACAACGGACGGGAGGUCGUGGCUGGAGGAACGAAACCAAGGUCAAUAGAGGAGGAGCACAACGGACGGGAGGUCGUGGCAGGCUCCACGAAACCAAGGUGCGCAGGUUUCGUGGAGGGGAAGCCGCUGGAGCUUUCACCGUUUCUCCCUCUCCUUCCUUUCCAGGUCAUGGCGGAGGAGCCGAAGAACGGCAAGGCACGGCACUGCUCGUCACGGCACGGCACUUCUGAAGAGUGA